GGGAAGGAGAGCCGCUGUUUCCGGAGAGGGGAGUCUCGGAAGAAAAGUGAGGACGCAUGCGCAGGGGCUACGCGACCCGGCAGGCCGCGGGAGUAGCGGCCCAGUGCCUUGUGGGAGUCGUAGUUGUACUGGAGCGGAUGCCACGGCGCUGGUCCGGCGGAGGACUCGGUUUCCCAGAAGGCCGAGCGCGGCGCAAGAUGGAGCCAGCCGGGCGGCGCGGAUCCGCCCACUACAGUUGAGCCGCUGAACGGAGCCGGGACCAAGGCCACCACGCCUUUGCCAGCACUUCCCCCACCAGCACUGGACGCUGGAGUCAGCGUCCGCACAGACAUCCAUCAGACAAGGGAGGUGAGAGGGCUUUCAGGGGACGGGGAUCUCUGUCCCUCGUGUUGUAGGACAUAGUUUUUCCUGUGCAUCCUGCCACUGGCCCAGGGACAGUGGGUCUACAGGAGGGACCUAUCCUAAGUGACUGCGAUCCUCAGAAACGAACUUCUUGGGCCGUUCCAGUGUAGGUGUGGUGCGCCCUGGGACACAUGUCUGAGGCACGGGCAGGAGAGGCCCUGGAAGCUGAGCAAGGGACAGAGGACGACACUCUGCCUUCUGACACCGUCUCUCUCAGCGACUCAGACUCUGAUCUCAGCCCGCCUGUGGAGGCCCAGGGGGACUCAGACCCUGAUGAGCCCCUGUUGCCUUUGCGGGGCCUCCCCACAGCCUCGGUGCAGCCAUUCCACCUGAGGGGCACGAGCUCCACCUUCUCCUGGCGCAGCCACCACAUCUUUGACUGCCUGGAGGGCACAGCCAGGCAGGUUCCGCCAUCUGUGGCCCAGACUGACCCGGGUGACAAUGGGGGCUUCCUGCGGCCACCGGCACCCUCACGCCAGCCUCCAGGAGAGGGCCCAGGCAGGGCCAUUGAGAGCCCUGUCCCCCCGAAGUUGCCCCCGGUCCCUGACUAUGUGGCCCAUCCUGAGCGCUGGACCAAGUACAGCCUGGAAAGCGUGGCCGAGGUCAGCGAGCAGAGCAACCGGGCUGCUGCUCUGGCCUUCCUGGGCUCCCCGAACCUGGCUGCCCCCAGUGACUACGUGCCCUCUUUCAACCAGGAUCCUUCUAGCUGCGGGGAGGGGAGAGUUGUCUUCACCAAACCCACCCGAGCUGGCGAGGCCAGGCCUGAGAGGAAGAGGGCCCUGAGGAAGGCAGGAGAGCCAGGCAGGGGUGUGCCUGGGAACCUGGGUGCCGCAGGGGGUGAAGGCCCUGUGGAGCUGGCCCACCUGGCUGGGCCUGGGAGCCCGGAGGCUGAGGAGUGGAGCAGCCCCCAUGGGGGCCUUCAGGAAGUGGGCAUGCUGAAGGGGGCUACCCACGCUGGGUCAGCAGCAAGGCCCCCGGUGGUGGAGACUGUUGGCUUCCAUGGCAGCAGGAAGCGGAACAGAGACCAUUUCCGGAACAAGAACAGCAGCCCCGAGGCCCCAGGUGCUGAGAUCUGAGAGAAGAGACUGCCCGGCUGAUGUUCCCUGACUAGGCUGGCAGAGGAGGGCAGCCAGGGCCACUGGCCACUUGGGGUGGAGCGCGGCUUGGGGCCCAGCCCCUCGGGAAGGGAGCCAGCGGGCUGCCAAUGGGAGGUGCCAGCAGCCUGGGCUGGAGCUCAGUCAGGGUAGUGGUGUCUGAAGCAGAGAGCUUGCCAGUGGACAGCAAAAACCCGGGCCCACCACGUGCCCGUGGGGCAACAGUAAAGGUUUUGGGUAUUCCUCAG